AUGGCGGCCAAACUUCAACUUCCAUUCCUAAUUAAUGUCUCUCUCUUCUGCUUCAUCAGUCUAUCACUCUCCGUCCACCAAGGCCAAGGCCAAGGCCUCUCAGAAAUUCACGACCUCCUUCCCCAAUACGGCUUCCCCGUCGGACUUCUCCCCGACGGCGUGAAAUCCUACACACUCUCCCCUUCCGACGGUACCUUCACCGUCCGCUUCACCACCCCUUGCGACGUCCGAUUCGCCGGAUACCUCGUCCAUUACGACAAAGAAAUCGGAGGCAAGCUCAGCAAAGGCGCCGUCCGCGAUGUAUCGGGAAUCACCACCAAGCAGGCCUUCUUCUGGCUCUCCCUCAGUGCGAUUGAGGUCAGCGGCGAUGGCGACAUCGAGUUCUUCGUCGGACCAUUUUCGAAGAAGCUUCCGGUGAAGGCGUUCGAGAAGAUUCCUCAAUGUCAAAAAAGCAAGGCGUCGGCUCUCUGGAGGCCGCUCUUGGGAUCGAUUUGA